AUGUAUCCUCCACGCUCACCCGACAGAGGGAGAGAUAUCGACCGAGAUAGAGAAUGGAAUUCAAGAUCAAGGCAGGGAUGGUCAAAUCAACAUACUCAACCUACUUCUUUACCUCCUGCUCAAGGCGGAUGGGGUAACAACUAUAUCAAUAACAAUCCGUAUAAUUCAGGUCCUAGUUCAUCAAGGAGAAGUAGAAGUCCAGAGGGAGAUAGGAAUAGACAGAAUAGUACAGGUGGUAGAUCAGGGUACAGACCAGUCGACACGUACACACCACAAUCGGAAUCACACGAACCGGGACAGAUCCUCUCUCCAAAUAUGAACCAGCAGCCCGUCUCAUUCGCUUUCCCACCUUGUGAUCCUAGAGCACCACCUACAGGACCUUCCAAUCGAGGUGCACCUCUACAGCCACAGCCUUAUCGACCUGGUGGUUCGGCUGUAAGGAAAGUCUCGGCGGAUAGACCGAAUGAUGGAGGUAGAUCGCCUUUGGCUGGUGGUCCCUCUGCAUCUGGAUCUGGAUCUGGAGCAGCCUCGAGAGAUGGGUUAAUGCCUAGUAGUGGCUCGGUCAUGGGUGCUCUGGAUAAUUUCUCAAAAACAAUGCAUUCAGCUCUUAUUGUCACUUCCCAACACGCUCUUGCUCGAAAACAUCUCGACCGACUAAUGACAUUCGAACAUCGAAAUCCCAAUUCAGUAGCGCUGGAAGAAGCCGAAAGGCGAGUGGUCAAGGCUCAAAAGGUCGUAGAUGAAGUCAUGGUUGGUCUUCAGAACAGUUUCACCGAGUUGAUAAAGAGGACUCUCGGAACGAUCGGGACUUCGUCUGAAGCUAUCAGCAAGAUGGAGCUGGAUGGUCUGAGAGAGAGGAUGGGGAAGAUUGAAGAGCAAACUCUGAUAUCGAGAGCUACCGGUCAGCCUCUGUUGAAUCAAUCUCAAAAUCAACCACCACCACCGACAUCUAGCUUACCUCCACCUCCUCCUCCACCAAGUGAAGAACCCCACAGACCACGUACUCCGUCCGCACCUCCUCCGCCUCUGCCAGAAAUCAACGAAUCAAGUGAAGAUCAGCCAGCAACGUUAACAAGAGAAGAGAAGAAACGCAGAGUAGGAGAGGUGUUCAACAGUAUAGUGGAUAGGUUGGAUGCUCUGGAAGAUAUGAUUAAAGGAUUUGACUCCAGGAUAGACGAUGUGGAGACAAAUUUACUGAGUGUGGAGAAUGAGACGGACGAGAAGGAGAUCAAGAAGGAUAAGAAGAAGAGGUUCGCUACUUGGGAAGAUGUUGAGAGCAGGAGGGAUCCGAAGAUCAAUAAAAGUAAGAAGAGAAAACAGAGAGAAGGUGAAGAGGGCGAAGUUGCAGGACCUUCAACAUCAAACUCACAAGACGAUGAAGAUAUCGACAUGGAUGGAGCGACCAGCAACGAUCACCUGGUCGGGGAUUUACAGGAAGAUGUUGUCAGAUUAUCGAAUGAAGUCAAGGUAUUGCAAACUCGGUUAUCUAUCUUAUCUGGACCAGCCAUUCCCACACCUUCGAUCAAUAACACCAGCACCGCUCUUGCAAGUGUGAUGAACAGACUCAAUUCUGGUGACAAUGCACCGACGAGCAAUGUUCCCGCUGCCGGUACAGCUUCUCUAGAUGGUAUGCUGAAAACUCUCAAUUCGGAAAGACAGCAAAUGAUCGCGGAUGGAAAUGCGAACAUAUUGAGCUCUGGUCCAAAUUCGUUGGACGAUCUUAAGGUGGAAGUUGGGGAAUUAUCUAAACAAAUCAAAGUACUCCAAACUCAAUCCUCUACUCCCAAGCUCGACGGAAAGGCCUCCUCGAUCAUGAACGGUGACCAACAGUCUAAUAAUACCGAUUUAUCCAGAACGAUAGGUACACUAGAGAACACAAUCAACAAGUUGACAUCCGAUGUGAAAGUGCUGUUAGACGAUAAAGAAAGUCGCUUGGGCAUAUUCGAGAAGAUAUCGUCGGGGGUGAAUAGCUUGGCGGACAACAUCCAAAGAUGCAAGAAUGAUUAUACAAUUCUUAACGAUACUCAAAGAGCUUCCGCUGCAACAAUCUUGUUACAUACGGAAAAUGUCAAGAUAAUUCAAAAUGAUAUCAAACAACUGAAAACCCAAUCGCAAACACAAUCUGGUAAUACCAGUGCUUAUACCGACACGGCAAAAGAUAGGGAGAUCAAAGAGUUGAAAGAGGCUAUGAAGGUGUUACAAGAUGGUUUGAAAGAGAUGAGACAAGGUAGAGAGGAAUGGACGAGAGAGGUCAUGAAAGCUUGUUUGGAUGCCGUGAGAGAGGAGAAUGAGAGUAGGAAGGAUGAUUAUGCCAAGAUUGCCAGGAGGGAAAUCCAAAAUACCGUUAGAGAAUUCAUGACCAAACGAGCCUCUUCUACUGCCGGUGUAUCUUCUGCAUCCUCAUCGCAACCUUCGAAUCGAUCGAUAUCCGAACCGGCUCAGGAUGCUAUCAAUAUUUCAUCGGCUGUACAACCUACGUCGAUAUCACCACAACCCAACUUCACUGUCAGUCCUGUGCAAUCUCAGCAUCAACCCAAUGUAUCGUAUCCUACUAUAGCGAUAUACGAUGGUAACACCCAAGCACCUCAGGGAAAUUCAAACCCAUUAGCAUCGAGGAUCAACAAUACGACAGCCACAGCUGUUGAUGGUCUUUCGAGACCGACAUUGUCAGAUAGAAUCACCACUGAUCAACCUUCCACGCAGGGGUUACAAGCUAGAUUCACUGGUGGGGGUGCUGAUGGCAUGGAUAUUGAUGGUAAUUAA